AUGCCUCGCAAGCGCAAAGCAUCUAUCUCAGCCGCCGACUCGAAGACAGAAGAGCCCACCGAGGAUGCACCGCCAUCGAAAGAGCCCAGGAGUGAAUCCUCGCAGGUUCACACGAUGGAGCCAUACCCGGCAUCAAAAGUAUACCGGCUCAUCGAGCCAGGUCCAGUUCUGCUCGUCUCAACAGGCUCACUCACUUCAAAAACCCAUAACAUCAUGACGAUCGGCUUUCACACCAUGCUCCAGCACGACUCACCUGCGCUAAUCGGUGCAUGCAUCGGACCCUGGGAUGCAAGUUUCGAGUCGCUGAAAAGCCACGGCGAGUGCGUCCUCGCUGUCCCGGAUGUCAGCAUCGCAGAGAAAGUCGUCGAUAUCGGCAACUGCUCCGGCGAUGAGGUCGACAAGUGGUCCACCUUCAAGCUGGACGCUGUGCCUGCAGAGACGGUGCAGGCGCCGCUCGUUGGUGGCCCAGGAGUCAUCGCUAAUAUCGAAUGUGUUGUUGUCGACCGCCGUAUGGUCCCCAAGUACAAUAUGUGGGUGCUCAAGGCCGUGCGUGCUUGGUUGAACCCCGAGUUGAAGGAACAGGCACGGAUAUUCCAUCAUCGUGGGGAUGGAACGUUUGUCGUUGACGGUGAGGUGUUGAAUUUGCAGGAGAGGAUGGUCAAAUGGAAGGAGUUUCAGGAUUGA